AUAUUGGAAAUGAAGAAUCAUUCUGCCAUUACAGAGUUCAUCCUGAUGGGCCUUUCCAGCAGUCCUGAACAUCAGAUGAUUCUUUUCUGGUCAUUCACCUUCCUUUAUGGUGUGGCUUUAAUAAGCAACACCCUUAUUGUCCUUGCUGUCAGCACUUGUAGCAAGCUCCACACACCAAUGUAUUUCCUGCUCAUCAAUUUGUCUAUACUAAAUGUUUUUUCAGUUUCUGUUACAGUUCCAAAAAUGUUACAAACUAUUUUAGCAAAGCAAAAAAGCAUUACCUUUGCAGGCUGCAUUGCACAGGUGUACCUUUUUAUAAUGGCUUUAGGGACUGAGCUUCUGCUCCUUGCAUUCAUGGCUUUUGACCGCUAUGCUGCUAUCUGCCAACCUUUUCAGUACAUGGUCAUUAUGAGGAAGGAGUUUUGCAUCGGGACUAUGGCUGGAUUGUGGCUCUUAGGCAUGGUUAAUGCUUCAGUUCACACAGGACUUGUGGCACAACUUUCAUUCUGUGACUCAGAUCUCAUCAAUCAUUUCUUUUGUGAGCUGCCACCCAUGUUUAAGAUCUCCUGUUCAGACACAAGUCUGAAUGAAACCAUGGUUUUUGCUGCUUCUGUGGUCAUUGCAAUUGGGAGCUGUGCAUUGACACUAACAUCGUAUUGGUUUAUUGUGCAAAGCAUUUUCAGGAUCCGUUCCACAGAAGGUAAGAAGAAGGCCUUCUCUACAUGCUCCUACCAUCUCUUGAUUGUCAGUGUGUACUAUUCCACAAUAAUCUAUACUUUCCUUAGGCCUGCUUCAGCCUACUCCCUGGAGGAAGACAAGAUUAUUGCUAUCCUUUAUUCUGUAGUAACACCAGUUCUCAACCCACUCAUUUAUUCACUGAGAAACACUGAUGUUAAAGAGGCACUCACAAAGCUGAUAGCCAAAAGAAUCUUCCAGAAAGAUUAG